AUGGAAGAGGGGAAGUCCUGGGAGCAGCUCGGAGGCUUGGACAAGCAAGUCAAUGACGUGCAGGUGGUCCUCAACCAGGUGACCCAUGACUUUGAUGAGCAGUUGCUAGCCGCUGCUGCAGCAGGAGAUGGGGAGCUCGUGGGCCGCCUUCUCAAUCGCUAUCAGGAUCCCAAUUGUCAAGAUGAGCGUGGCGAAACUGCCGUCUACAAGGCCAGCCAAGCUGGAUACCCACAAAUUCUGCAGAUGUUGCUAGAAGCCGGCGGUGAGAAGGACAUAGCUGAUCAACAUGGAACUGUACCGCUUCACGUUGCAGCUUUGCGAGGGCAUCUGGAUGUCGUGAGAGCUUUGAUCGAAGCUGGUGCAGACAAGGAUUUGGCCGACCAACAUGGCGCCGUUGCCUUGCACAUGGCAUCCCUGAAUGGUGAGGUGGAAGUGGUGCAGCUUUUGGUGGAAGCUGGAGACGAGAAGGAUAAAGUUGGGGGUCUGGGCGCUACACCUCUACAUAUUGCAGCUGAGCGAGGGCACCUUGAGGUGGUCCGCUACCUGGUGAAGGCUGGUGCAAAUUUGCAUUUUGCCAACUUGCGGGGAGCAGCCGGCAUUCACAUGGCCGCUUUGAGCGGACAUGUCGAAGUGGUGCGAUUGCUGGUCGAAGCAAAAGCUGAGAAGGACCAACGUGACAAGCAUGGGGCCAGCCCGUUGCAGCUUGCGGCGGAGAGAGGGCAAGAGGCUGUCGUUAGGUUCUUGCUGGAGGCCGGAGCAAAGACUGACCAGCGUGAUCAACACGGCAGCGUCGCUUUGCAUGUCGGAGCCUUGCAUGGACACCUUGGAGUGGUGAAGGGUCUCGUCGAGGCAAAGGCUGACAAAGACUUGGUUGAUCAGCACGGAGCGGCCGCCUUGCACAUGGCGGCGCUGAACGGCGAGGUGGAGAUCGUGCAGUUUCUAGUCUCGGAGUGCGGAGCUGACAAAGAUCAAACCGGUGGCUUAGGUGCUACGCCUUUGACCAUUGCAGGUGAACGGGGGCAUGUAGAAACCGUCAGGUUUUUGCUGGAAGCCAGGGCCGACAAAGACGCGACCAAUCUCCGCGGGGCAGGAGCCAUCCACAUGGCUGCUCUAAGCGGACAUCUUGAUGUUGUUCGUUUGCUGGUUGAGGCAGGUGUCGAUCGUGACCUUGUUGAGAAGAAUGGGGCAACAGCUUUGCACCUCGCUUCGGAGCGCGGGUACACUGCAGUGGUUACUUACCUUCUCCAGUCCCAAGCAAAUGUCGACAAACCAGAUGGCACUGGUCGCACCGCAUUGCAUCUGGCUUCUCUAUACGGACACCUUGAGAUCGUUAAGACGGUCAUGGCUUUGUGCUCAGACGCAGACCUGCUGGAUGGACAGGAUUUCAGGCCUCUCCAGCUUGCCGCAGAAAACGGCCACACUGAAGUGGUGCGCUUCUUCCUUGAGGCCAAGGUUGACAAGGACAGGGCUCCACGUGGAGUGACUCCCCUGCACUGCGCUGCACGCUGUGGUCACUUGGGGGUGCUGCAGCUUCUACUUGAGCUCCGCGGCGACAUCGACAAGGCUGGUGUGGGUGGUGCGACGUCGCUGCACUACGCUGCGAACUUUGGGCACCUGGACAUCGUGCUGAAGUUGAUCGAGGCUAAAGCGCGCCUGGGCGCCACGACAGCGCAGGGACGCUCACCUUUGCUGCUCGCAGCGUCACGCGGACAUGCAGAGGUGGUGGCUGCCUUGGCCAAGGCCCGUGCCGAUCUGGAGCAGGCAGCUCACAACAACGAGACCCCGCUGUAUGCUGCGGCGCAAGCGGGCUAUGGAGAGGUAGUGCGCGUGCUGUUGAACGACGACGACAGCUGGAAAGGCACCCAGCCGCUACGCGCCGCAUCGCGGUGUGGACACAUGGACGUUGAUGUGGUCGGCUUCGACAUGCCACAGGAUGGCCAACUGGGCUCUGUCCUUGCAGCAAGGCCGCCCUCAGGUCCCCAGCGCAUUGCCGGUCGUCGCUGA